AUGAGCCUGGGCAUCAUGGAGGAGGACGAGCUGGCCGAGUACUUCCGGCUACAGUAUGGGGAGAGGCUACUACAGCUGCUGCAGUGAGAAGUUCCCCAACAUUGAGGAGCAGUCGGGGUCCCAUCCAUCCGGCUCCUGGAGAAGAAGAAAGAGGCCAAGAUCAUGCACACUGCUAUGGAGCAGAAGAAGGAGACGUUUCGGCGCCGGAUGGAAACCCUGAAUCUGCGUUGGGAGGAGCUGGGUACCAAGGAGGCCCAGCUGAAGGCUCACAUCCAGAAGUUCGAGCAGUUCAUCCAGGAGAACGACCAGAAACGGAUCCGCGCCCUGAAGAAAGCCAACAAGGAGCGCGAGCUGAAGAGGCAGCGGGUGCGCGAGCUGGCCAAGGUCAAGCAGGAGAUGGGGGCCCUGCGGCUGCAGCACCAGCGGCUGAGCACCAGGAUGCAGGAGUUCUCCGUCUUCAACAAGUACCUGGAGAAGGUGGUGGAGCACUCGGAGUUCGAGGAGAUCCACGAGGUGAUUUCACGCUACAAGACGCUGAUAAGCAUGCACCACGACCUCAUGCAGUCGGCGCAGGAGGGCCAGGAGAAGAUCGAGCGCGCCAAGGCACGGCUGGCACGCUACAUGGAGGAGAAGGACGACGAGAUCCUGCAGCACAACAACGAGCUGGCGCGUCUGCAGAUGCGCUUUGACCGAGCCCGCAGCGACGUCAUCGUCUGGGAAUCUCGCUGGGCACACAUCCAGAACACGGCCGCCAAGAAGACCCUCUUGCUUGGCACCAUCAAGAUGGCGGCAUUGAACCUCUUCCAGAUCGUGAGCAAGCAGCUGAAGGAGACCGCCGCCGUGUCCCUGGAGGACACCCACAAACAGCUGGACAUGAUCCAACAGUUUAUCCAGGAUCUGUCAGACAUCUGGACAGAGGUGAGGAGGAAGGAACAACAGCAAGUCCGGGUUUAAGGAGCAGCGGUGGUUCCAGAAUGUUCUGAGACAGAGACGGAGAGAGAAUAAGGCCCUGGUGAGCUUGUGGCCCACCCAGUCGGCUCCGUCUAGCCCUCUGGGACCCCAAUGCCUUCCUGCUGGCGAGCACCCCACCAUUUACCCCUU